AUGAGCGCUGUUGUCACUGCAUCUGCGGGUGUCGUCGCCGACAAUGAAAAGGGCUUACCUGUCACCCAAACGAGCCAUGGGGACUCAUAUCUAGUCGACUGGGAGGGCGACCAUGAUCCGGGGGAUCCACGCAAUUGGACCCUGCCGGUCAAAAUGGCCUUCACCGUUGUCGGCUGUUCGAUGAUCUUCGCCGUGUCCUUCUCGUCGAGCGUCUUUGGUCCCGCGGAGCAGAUCACGGCCACGGAAUUCCACGUCGGCAGUGAGGUGAUGACCUUGGGCAUCGCCCUAUUUGUGGCCGGGUUCGCCGUCGGUCCGCUCUUGUUUGCGCCCCUUUCCGAGCUCGUCGGCCAUGCGAUCCCUCUCGCGGUUGGGCUGGUGGGCUGUGCGCUCUUUCAGAUCCCCUGCGCGGUAGCUGGCAAUGUGCAGACUCUCUUGGUUUGUCGCUUCUGCGCCGGCGUCGUGGGCAGCGGGGUGUUGGCCGUCGGCUCGGGUAUGCUGGCUGAGCUGUACGGACCCAUCAGCCGGGCGGUGGCCAUCGGUUUCUCGGCGUCGAUGAUGAACCUCGGAAGCGUCGUUGGACCCAUCGCGGGAGUAUGGAUUAUCGAGCGCUACGGCUGGCGCUGGACGGCGUGGACCACGUUGAUCGGUUGCGGCGUCAUUGGCUUUCUUGCCCUAUUCUCCAUCCGCGAGACCUCACGCUCGCGUAUCCUAGUACUGCGUGCUCAACGCCUACGACAGCAGACGCAAGACAAGGCGUUUUACUGCCGAUACGAGGAGCAACAGCUGGACCUACGCGUGCUGGUGCAGAAAUACCUUUCCAUACCCGUGCGCAUGUUCGCGCAGGAGCCCAUUCUCGUGAUCAUGACCUUCUACCUCACUCUGGUAUACGGCACGCUCUACCUCUCGUACCAGAUUAUGCCGGUUGCCUUUAAGCGACGCGGCUGGUCCGGUACGAUCGCGUACCUGCCCUUCCUCAGUGUGCUGCUGGGCAUUGUGGCCGCCUGGGGGGUCUUCUCCCUGUUCACGAUGACCUGGUACACCCGCCGGGUGCAGAGUAAGGGCACCGUCCCGCCUGAAGACCGGCUUCCCCCCAUGAUCGGGGCGGCGUGCAUCCUGCCGCCGGCGCUGCUCUGGUUUGGCUGGUCGACGGAGACGCACUGGGCGGCGCAGGUGAUUGCCUGCUUCUUCGUCGGGCUAGCUCUGCAGCUGAUCUUCAUCUGCGGCAUUGUGUACAUCGUCGACGUCUACAUCCCGCGCGCCAACUCGGCCAUCUCUAUCCACGUUGUCGUGCGCAGUCUCGUGUCCGCCAGCUUCCCCCUGUGGGCGCGGCCCAUGUACAACUCGCUAGGUCUCGAAUGGACGGCGACCGUCCUCGCCGGCGUGUCAGCAGUGCUCUUGCCCUCGCCUAUACUCUUUCGCAUCUAUGGACGCAAGAUCCGCACCUGGAGUCGGUUCUGCGAUACCAGUCGGGACAUAUAG